AUGUCCACAAUGUCAUUAGACAGCCUGGAUGUGGUCUAUAUCGUGGUGGAGGCUGUUAUUGGGAUAUGUGCGGUGGUGGGCAAUGCCUUGGUAAUCUGGGCAGUGAAGCUGAACCCAGCUCUUCAGAAGACCACCUUCUUUUACAUCAUUUCCCUGGCACUUACUGACAUUGCCGUGGCGAUCCUCGUCAUUCCACUGGCCAUCACGGUGAGCCUAGGAGUUGUCAUCCACUUCUACUCCUGCUUGUUCAUGUGCUGCCUGUUGAUGAUCUUCCCCCAUCCCUCGAUCCUGUCUCUCCUGGCCAUCACCAUCGACAGGUACCUGCGAGUGAAGCUGCCUACCAGGUACAAGGCAACCAUCACAAAGAAGGGAGUUUGUGUGAUUCUGAGACUCUGCUGGCUCGUGUCUGUGCUGGUGGGGCUGGUCCCCAUGCUGGGGUGGAACCAGCACGCUGGUGACUCUGGCUACAUUGAGUGUCACUAUUUGGCUGUGAUGAGAAUGGAUUACGUGGUGUACUUCAGCUUCUUCACCUGGCUCCUCCCCCCGUUGCUUAUCAUGUGUACCCUCUAUGCCAAGAUUUUCUACAUCAUGUGGACAAAAUUAAGCCGAAACUCAGCAAGUCUUCCAGAUGGAGGAACAGUUUAUGCAAAGGCAUACAAAACAGCCAAAUACAUGGCCCUCCUUCUCUUCCUCUUUGCAGUGUCUUGGCUGCCUCUGGGCAUCCUGAACUGCAUUUCAUACUUCUGCCUCUCCUGCACCAUCCCACGGACCCUGAUGUACCUGAGCAUCCUGCUGUCGCAUGCCAACUCAGCCAUGAACCCCGUUGUCUAUGCCUUCAAGAUACAGAAGUUCAAAGAAACAUGCACUUUCAUUCUGAGGACUUACAUCCUGUUCCAGAAGUCAGAGUUGGUCGUUUCUAGCGCAGAGCACAUGACAGAGCAGCUGGGAGUGAGCGUGAUCUGA